AUGAGCCACGGAGACCGCUACGCUUCGUCAUCCUACCGCAAGAUUUUCGGGGAUUCUCCAAGGUUUCCCGCCUCCUCCACCCGCAUGAGCAGCACCUCUCCUCGGGGCUCCCCGGGGCUCCGCUCCAUGGCUGCGUCCCGCAACAGCGCGGGCUCCCUGAACGUGUACAGGCGAGUCGGCCGGACCUCCACCUCCUUCUCUCUGGUGCCCACCGACUCCCUCGACUUGACCCAGACCUCUGUGGUCAACAAUGAGUUCAAAGUGAUUAGAACCAACGAGAAGGAGCAGCUGCAGGGUCUGAAUGACCGCUUCGCGAUGUUCAUUGAUAAAGUCCGGCACCUGGAGCAGCAGAAUAAAGUGUUAGAGAUGGAGCUGGUGACCCUGCGGCAGAAGCAGAGCGAGCCGUCCCGCGUCACUCAUCUCUAUCAGCAGGAGAUGAGGGACCUGCGAUCACAGGUGGAGGAGCUGAGCAGGGACAAGAACCGCAUCCUGAUCGAGAGGAACAACAUGGAGGACGAGCUGCAGAAGCUCAGUGUGAGGUACGACGAGGAGGCGAGGGCACGGGAGGAGGCCGAGCAGACCUUGAGGUCCUUCAGGAAGGACGUGGAUGACGCCGCUGCUGUUCGCCUGGACCUGGAGCGCCGUGUGGAGUCGCUGAUGGAUGAAAUCUCCUUUCUGAGGAAAGUGCAUGAUGAGGAAAUCCAAGAGCUGAGCAGCAUGAUGGAGGCGCAGCAGGUCUCUGUGGAGCUCGAGCUCGCCAAACCGGACCUCACCUCGGCUCUGAAAGAGAUCCGCAACCAAUACGAGUCCAUCGCCUCCAAAAACCUGCAGUCGGCCGAGGAGUGGUACAAGAGCAAGUUUGCCAGCCUCAGCGAGCAGGCUACCAGGAGCAACGAGGCCAUGAGGGCCAGCAGGGAGGAGAUCAGUGAGUUCAGGAGACAGCUGCAGUCCAAGACCAUUGAGAUAGAGACCCUGAGGGGCGCCAAUGAGUCUCUGGAGAGGCAGAUCACAGAGAUGGAGGAUGCACACAAUGCUGAAGUCACUGCCAUGCAGGACACUAUUGGCCACCUGGAUACUGAGCUGAGGAACCUGAAGGGAGAGAUGGCCCAACACCUGCGAGAGUAUCAGGACCUGCUCAAUGUCAAGAUGGCCCUGGACAUAGAGAUAGCUGCCUACAGGAAACUGCUGGAGGGGGAAGAGACUCACUUUAACUCAGGGAUGUCAUUUGGUGCUGCCAGCUACAGCUACCAGCCUCGAGCCUCGGCCGGCUCCUCCAAGAGCAGCCAGAGGGAGAAGGAAGGGGCCACGAAGGAAAGCUUCAAGGAGAGCAGUGAGGAUAAAGAUGAGGCAGACAUCAACUCCAACAACUGAAGAAAGACAGACAGGGAAAUCUGGAACGUGACAAUAGAGAUAUGCAUAUGUAUAGUCAGGUCAUAGUCACACACUGUAUUUAUUAGGGGCAAAUGUGUUGGAAUUAGAGCUGAAAGUAUAACUGAAAUUCUAGACCAUAUGUACUGUACACCUCCAGAGCAAAGACAUGUUGCAAAUGUUCUACUACAGUAAAUAUGCCACCAAGUAUGUUCUGGGGGUGAAUUUCCACUUUGCUGCGGCGUGAGAUUGCACUGACACCUGUGUGACAGGUGAGGGAAAUAAAGGACUGCUCCGAUAGAGACUAAACUUCAUGAGAGAAAGACAAGAAAUGUUAGCAUUGUUCAACUUCUCUGUUGUCAAUUAACUGAAGCAUCAUCAACAGGUUCUGGAACACUUCAAAGUGAAUAGCAGCAGUCCUUAGUCAAAGAGUAAAUGUGAGAUGUAGAUGUUUCCCCCCUUGCUAACAUAGUCAGAUUCAGAGCUACUCUGUGUUGGAAAACCUAUAGUAGCAGAAAGAAUAGCCAUCACGGUGUAUUACCAUCUACACAAUGUUUUAGAAGUGAUAAAUACUCAAUGAAUAAACAGUGUAUGUAGUCCAACCUGGCUGCAGGGUCAAUGUAUACAGCUACUGGGGAAAAAAACACUAAUUCCGGUUGCACUAAAUAAAAUGACAUGACUGACGAAACUUUUCUAUGCUUUCAUAUGCGUCAGUGUAUUCACAAAUACUGUAGGAUGUUCAUUUAAGGUUGCCGCCAGUCAGAUAUGCAAUCUCCAGUGGUUCAAACCACACUGGGGAAAAAGCCUCAACUCUGUGACAACUUGCAGAUUGAAAACUCAUAAGUCUGUUUUCUAGAUCAAAUUCUUUGAGUGUUGUGCUACCAAGAUCUACUGAAUGGUACGACAAACUCAGAAAUAUUUGGCCUUUGAUAUGAAGUUAU